GAUGGUAAAAUUAACUUGCUUGAUAUCAUAUGAAAGAUCAUCACAGAAUGAACUAUUUAGUGCAUAGUUUUCUGGUGAAUCAUAAAAAUACUCUUCGGUAAAUGAACCAAUUGAAAAUGUCACCUUUCCAUUCGUCCAAUUACCUUAAAAAUAUAAGUCAAAGCAUAAAAACCCUUUGGUGAAGUUACUGUAAAUGUGGUGAUAAUAAUAAUGGGCAUACUCUUAAGUUCGACCGCUAUUGUAGAGGAUAUAUUUCUAAACCUAGGG